AGUGGUUUUAGUUGUUUGUUUGUUUAUUCAUAAUUACACUGUGAAAAUAUCUUACGUGAAACAGACUAUUUCGUAACGUGACAAAACUUGGGAUAUACCACCGUGCUUCGCUGCUCAAUUAUUCAGGGUGUAUCUGUGUAACAGAAUCUUCUGAAUUUUCAACGCUAACUAAUGAUUGGAUUGCGAAUCACCUUAAAACGGGAUUCGUUUUGAUACCAAUUGAACAACAAUAGGAAUAACUGUCUCCUCUUUCGCUGAAAAACAACUGAAGCCUCCAGAAACAGGGACACUAUCUCCAACUAAUAUCUUCAAACCCGAGGAAUAACUGUCUCCUGUUUCGCUGACUCAACAACAAAAGUCGCUCAUCUUCAACAUCUGUCCUCAAAAGGAGGGAUAACAUCUGAGAAGCCAGCUUUCAUUACAAGGGACGCAGUCUACGUAUGAGCUACGAUGAUUAACAAUGACUUCCGAUAUUCCACCAAUCACAUUCAGAGACUGAUUCCCCUACUUUUUAUAUUAUUUGUCACUCGGGUUACCGAAGGCGCCCUCUACUCCCAUGGUUUCGGAUUUGCAGACAACAAAAUUAAUUGGCCGAAGUGGGAUCUUGGAUCGGAGCAAAUAGAACUUGACACCUCAAUUCCUCUACUCGGUGAUGGGAAACUAUCAUCUGUCUGGGUCAAUUCAUUUGGGUCUCUCACAUUUCGCCAACUCAUCGAUCCACGGAUUGAAAAACUGUUGGACAAUAUCGCACUUGCACCGUAUUUUAUCCGAUCUCGAGAGGGCGCCAUCGGUGCUGUAUAUUACCGCCAAACAACUAAAGACUCUAUAUUAUUUCAACAAAUCGCAGACGACAUUUCAUCUUCUAUUAUUUUACCUUCCUCACAACAAAACGAUUUUGUGACGUCAGACUUUAUACCCACUUACGCACUUAUUGUGACGUGGAGUAAUGUUGCCUCCGUUGAAGACCAGACUUUACUCAAUUCGUUUCAAAUUAUUCUCACAACCGACGGAAUCCAAUCUUACGCUAUAUUUAACUAUGAAGACCCUUUGACUUGGAGUUCUGCAGGAGGCAAAUUUGCUGGCGCAGGAAUAUACGUUGCCAAAGAUGCAGAAAGUUUUUGUUCUUAUGAACUUCCCAGCUCUCAGACUGAAGAGGUUUUGGAUUACUCUGCAGGACUGGGAAAAUAUGUAUUUUUAAUUUCCGAACCUUUACGUUGCGAUGCAUCUACAUUUCAAUCAGCAUGUCCUAAUAAUUUACAAGCAAGCGAUUGGGGAUCGACAGAGCCUUACUUUUCAAUAGCCGGAACUUCGUGGGACGUUUAUGGAUUACAUACAUGUAAUCAAGGAUUUCAUAUCAGACCCGGAGUAAACUCAGAACGCAUUGAUUGCGUUUAUCAAUCUGAUUAUUAUACCAGUGAUUGGGAUAAAGCGCCUGAAAAAUGCCUUGACCUAAAUGCCACGAAGACAUUUGAUAUUACCGUAAAGGUAUCCAAGAUAGGAAACGAUUCGAUAAAAACGAUCGGAGAACCACAAACUUGGACACCCGACGAAUACAAUGAACUGAAGACGCCAAUUGAAAACGCUAUCAAACGGAUAUUAAAUUUAACUGACGUCAUAAUCACGGUUACAAACAUUACAAGUGAUACCGGAAUACCAGGAGCCAGGACUCAGACAGACGUUACAUUAUCGGUCGAUGUUCGGGUACACAUCCCACCUUACAUUCAUAAGAAAAUCACACCAGAUGAAAUAACCAAUAUUAUAUUGACGAAUAUAGAACUUAAAGGAGAAGUUGGCGGUAUCACUUUUGUGCCAACAGUUUUAGUAACAGAAGAAACAGACCCGUGUUUGCAAGGAUGUAUAUGCAGAUUCAAACCAGAACCAAAAGUAUGUCCACGCGGUAAAAUUCCCCAAAUAAAACCAGACAGUUGUUGUGGAGGAUGCAACGGAAAACCAUAUUCAUCUACUAUCAAGGCAUGCUGUAACAAUCUACUUAUUUAUGAUCCAACGAAAGCAAAGUGUUGCAAUGGAAGGGUUCGGAAAGGAGCAACAGGCCCGUGCCCUAAAAACUGAAAAUAAAGAUAAACUAUACAGCCAUUAGACGAAAACGGCUGUAUAAGCAGAUGCAACGGCGUCCCGCCCUUCUCCCGCCAAUAUUUAAAACUCGCGGGUGUAUUAUGACGAAAGAAUUAGUCUGUAAUUCAACAUUGAAACGUAACAGAACAUGUGGCUUGGAAAUUGUUAUACGGAAAGGAACAUAAUUGUGCCGGACCAAAAUAAAAUUUCCGGUGGAUCACAUCAAAAUGUAAAAACUCAUAAAAAAUCAAUAUAUAAACUAUAUAAGUUUAGAACAUUCAAGAGUCUUCACCCUGCCUUGAUACAAAAUAAACAUUGUUGGUGGAACUAAAAAAAUGCUUUCGAAACUUGCUUGCUUGUUAAGUAAAAUUUGGUGUAGCAAAUGUAUAUUUCCCACUCUCGUGUCUUGUUUGCGAGAGCCACAGACAAUAAACUCCCGGGAUUCAUCAGUCGUUUGGUUUAGCGACAUUCAGUUUCGUGUCAAAGUAAAGCGUAUUAUCUUAUAUUCGAAUAGUGAAACGCCAUUCCAAUACGUUGUUCGAAUAUUUUGCCCAGCAUACAAAUACGGCUACAAACUUCACCUAAACACGGUUCUCGGAGAUAUAUCAUAGAUAGUUUUCAAACAAACACGAGUAGUUGUUAAAAUAUUAAUAGAUAAAAUACAUAGAUGAUAUGCGUCUACAAGAAUUUGAAUGCUUGUCUAGUUUUUUUCUCAAAUAAAAAUCAUGUACGUCAAUAGAAUGGUUAUAGUUGCAUUCGAAAAAUGACCAGUGCUUUAGUUUUUGUGUUGUAAUAUUUUAUUAUUUAUUUUCAUACUGUUUUUCAUCCUUUCCAAAGUUUAGAGUUUGUAAUUCCUAAAAUAAUGUCUGUUUAUUUCUAUGCUUUAUGAUACAACAAUAGUAUUCUGACGUCACAGUUUUGUUUUGGGACAAUGGCGUCGUCAUUAAUUUGAUAUUGUUAUGUGAGAAUGUCAAAAUCGCCUGCAUAAUUUUCAUUGUUCUUUCUUUCAUUCCAAAAAACAACAUAUUUUUCAUCUGCUAUUUUUCGUCUUUUUGGGGUAUUAUAGCGUUAUCGACUCAUCAUUGAUUUUUUCAUCUAUUUUGUUUAUUCCGUUUAUUUUAGGCAUGGCUAGAUAACUAGAUUUAAAGAAAUUAAUCAGAUAGUUAUUGGUCGAGUAAUAACGAUACAGCAUUUUUUCUGUUGCCAUGGCGUCGCCAAGUUCAUGUCAUCUGUAAUAACCAUGAAAUGCUAUUUGAUAAGUCCUGAAUUGGUUAUCCACACCAGUGCUUCCCAGAAUUCCAAGCUGUCGACACACGGCAUAGGUUACGAAAGAGCGCCGUUUCUCUGCUCUGAUCUCGAAAUUGUAUGAUUUACGAUCUGCACUAAUCUAAUUUUGUAAUUAGAAUCAAAUAUCUAAAAAUGUACAAUAGAUAUAAUACUUUGUGUGGGAUUGGUGUAUUUUUUACGCCCUUUGAAGUUUGUCGCCCGUCCCCAUGUGGGGUUGCGACCCCCAGUUCAGGAGUCCCUGAUCUACCCAUCAUUAAUAAUGUGAAUAUGAUAUCGAAUUCUGAAAUUACAAAAAGAUACGAUGAAAAGCUGUUGAAUUAUUAUUUUGUGUGGCUAAUUCAAUAAUUCUGUUACAUCUUUUCCAACCUCCCUAACCAACGCAAAUUUGAAAUAGUUGCAAUGUUAACAUAAAUAAUAUUUCUUAGCAAUGUUUACAUAUCGAAGACUUCAUGAUCGUCCGGAAUGUUUUUAUGUUAUAUUUUACUUAGCAAUUUUUCAUUUUUUAGGUUUUAUUUCAACCGUAAUAUCCAAACAACAAAAUGUCAAGUUUAUCCAAAAUUGUAUAGGGUGAAAACAGGCUUAAAAAUGUACACCAAUUUGUUUCCUAACAGAGGCGUAGACAUGGGUGAGCGUCAGACCCCCCUUUUGAAAUGUAAAGCAUUUUUCUGUAUCAUACAUUGUAAUUUUCUAAGCUUGGAACGCUUUUUAGCCUCCCAUUACUUUUGAAAACCCAGGUUUUCCGACCUCCAGUCGGGCCUGCUACCUAUCGCGGUCUAACUUGACAAUUAGAAAUUUCAUAACACUCUCCCCCCUUUGAAAAUUUUUGACUACGCCCAUGUUCUAUAAUACCACAUAUUACGAAAUUAUUUUUAUCACAAUUAUACGAUUCAUAAAAAAUAACAUUCCAAUAUACAGUAAGUGUUUGCUACCGCCAUAAAAUGUAUCUGCGAUUUCCAAUCUACAUAUUACGAGCCAUAUUCAUCCCACUUUAACCAAGAAACCUAUCAAAAAUCAAAAGUCUGGAGUUACUGUUCAUUUUGUGAUUAGAAAUUUUGGAAAUAAACUAUUGUUUUGCAUUACAAUGCAACCUUGUCGUAAUUGUUGUUUUUAAAUAGAGUAUCGGUUGAUCUGCACUUAUUUUGAAAAUAAAAAGUAUGGGGAAUGCG